AGGUACGGCUGGCGCACUCGGCCGGAGCGGCAAACGCUCUCCGCAACAAGUCCUGCAUAAUCCUGCGCGACGCGGCCGGGAGGGUCCCCGUGCGGGACCGAUGCGCUCGACAGGUGGCGCCGUUGCCGGGGAUCUCCGCUGCCUACCGGGAUCCUCAAGAGAACGAACCCAGCAAAAAGGGGUGAAGAUACCAGGCAACGAUGGAAUCGAGCGGGGCCCGGCCGCUACGCCGGAGGACUUCGUCAAGGCACUCGAGAAAAGGGAGUUGGCACGGCUACAAGUGCCAAAGAUUGACAUCUUCCACUUCGAAGGGGAGAGGGUGUCAAAAUGGCUGGAGCUCCUGGAACAGAUUACGGCCGAGGUGCCAGAAGCGGAUAAAUUCAAGUACCUACCUCGAUACAUCUGGUGGGAAAUCCGGCCUGAGAUAAUGAAAGUAGCUGCCGGAGCAGGAGGAGAAGGGGCGAAGUUCAAGGCGGAAACGCAAAGGCGAUUCAAGUUAGGGGAUGGCUUGCUGACAAAGACGGACUUGGAAAUGCUACAACGUGAUGAGUUCUCCACGGUAGGAGCCUUUGCCACGACGUUUGAGAAAAUGGCCAAGAAAGUCCCAGGGUUGGCAGAAGAGGAACAGUGUGCCACUUUCUUGAGGCACUUCAAGAACUGGGAGGUCUCGUCGCUAACUAAGAAGGCUGCGCCAGGAAAGAAGCUCACUUGGGCUGCCAUAAAGGAAGGCGUAAUGGACGGAGAACUGGACCAGGUAGACAUCUUCCAGAUGAGACAGGCUAGGAAGAAAAGGAAGACCUUAGACGCUACGACGAGUGAUGGGCGCGACUUCAAGAAAAUGGUGGAGGAUGCGGUGGCCCAACUCGAUGCAGCGAAGGAGGCAAGGAGAAAAACUAUGGCGGCACCGCAGACCCAAGGUAAAGCAAAGAAAGCGGUGGUGCAGGAGAAAGAAGAAGAGGAAGAGGAAGAGGAGCCGGAGCCGCAAAAGUUGACAAAGGCUCAAAGGAAAGCAAGGAAUUUGGCUCAAGGGGGGCAAGGCUCGGAGAGGGGCCAGAUCCCACAAGCUGUAGCCAUGCCGCCCCCUGAGUCGCCUAGUCAGGCCGCACUAGUACACUAUGGGUCGUGGCCAAGUUGCGGACACCCGAGUCAUUGGCAUGGGCACUGUUCAUACGCCCCGUGGCCGAGGAGCGGGCCGCAUGGGUCGUGUGCCGAACCCUCAGUGAGUGCGGCUUCCUGUGGCUGCCCGGGACCCCAAGUGCAGCAAGUGAGCCGCCCGAACCCUCCGCCAAACCAACCCCAGCAGUCAGCCCCACAAGGUUCGCAAGGCAAUCAAGGGGGUGGACGUGGACAAAACCAAGGAUGGGGCCGAGGGCGGGGGAAUGGUGGCCGAGGAGGAAACGGUAGAGGGAAUGGUGGUGGUAACGCUUCACGUGGCGGAAACGAGGGCUGGACGGCAUCCGGGAGUCAAGGCGGUCAAGAGGGUGGAAGAGGUGCUGGCAGAGGGAGAGUAGACUGGAGAAAUGCCAUUUGCUGGCAUUGUGGGCAGAAAGGCCACACUAUUAAGUUCUACCACGUCAGGAGGAACGACGAGGACGAAGGUUUAAUUAGCACCAACUAUGAUGGAGACAUGUACGACAAGUGGGGGUACCACCUUGACCCGAAGAUUCCAGGCGGUACGAGGAAGGAAGCCCUGCGAAGAGCUGAGGCCGGUGAGCCACCCGCACCUCCAGCCAUGUUUCGGAUAUGGCUGGAGAAAGAGGUCCGUAGUAACGUCAGGGUGGAGGAGGUAGGAGAGAAUGCAGAGGUGGAGCAAGAAAAGAAGGCGGGCACCACUAAGAUAGAACCGAUCAUAGUGGAGUCCGACAAUGAGAUUGAGGAAGAUUGCUGGAACAGGACGGGGAGGGCGCCUCAUGCCGUUAGGACAAGGGCUAAACGGCCAGUGAGUCCCGAAGAACCAGCCAAGGAUGUUCCUGAACCCAGUGGAGAGAAAGAGGUAGUGGACGUUCCAGAAGGAGAGGAUGAUGAGGAUGACAGGUUGAGGAAAGAGGAUGAGAAGGCUGAACAGCGAGCCAAAAAGAGACGUGCCAAGCCGGACACAGACAAGGCACAGGAAGUAAAGAAGAAAAGGUAUGUGGUCCUCGUAGAGGAAGGGUUCGACGUAGAAGAGAUAAUGGACAGGAUUCUCGAAGGUCAUAACCACCUUAUGAACCUGAAGGACGUACUAGCCUCAGCGCCUAGGCUCAGGGAUGAGCUAAGGGCGCGACUAUCCAGGAAGAUGGUAGCCAGCAUACGAUUGGGGACUAUAAUCCCUAAGGAGACUGAGUGGGAGAAGAGAAUUCGAGACCUCGAAGCCAAGUAUGCCCAGCAAGCCCCCACUAGAGUGCUAGAUUGGACAGAGGUCCAAAGGUUCGAAGUCAGGGAACAGCCUGCAGAGGAGGUCUUCAAGAAGGAAAAGGAAGUAGAGAUGGCGGACCAGCUGGAGGGUGAGGAGGUCCCUCUGAUCGACAAGGAAAUGUUGGAGCAGCCAGAAGUGCUAGCGGGAAAAGGUGUAGGAAUCAGAGAGUUUGAGUGGAGGUUACCCGCUGGCCUAACACUGGGGCACGAGCCGGCGGUACUACAGGAGGGACCACCAGCGGAGGUGGUGGGGGUGGACGCAGUUUUGCCUCCAACACAGGGAGAGACUAUGGGACGGCCAGAGGGUCAGGAGAGCGUGGGCCAAACCAUGGUUGGGACUGAGCAGGGAGUGGACCUGAGGGACUGUCAGGAGUCAACCAUGCUUCAGGAGGUGCCAGUUGCUACAGAUUUGCGUGAUGUACUGGGAUCUUGGGCCACUGGGUCAGGGUCAGACGGGCGUAUUGGGGAGCCGGGGAUGCCAGCAGAUGACAGAGCAGCCUGCCCCGCUUCCUCAGGGGUCCCACAGUAGGAGGUUACGAGCAAGAUCUCAACAACCCCGU